AUGGAGACCUUCUACUACCACCAGUUCCACUACCACCAGUUCUACUACCACCAGUUCCACUACCACCAGUUCUACUACCACCAGUUCCCCUACCACCAGUUCCCCUACCACCAGUUCCCCUACCACCAGUUCUACUACCACCAGUUCUACUACCACCAGUUCCACUACCACCAGUUCCACUACCACCAGUUCCCCUACCACCAGUUCCACUACUACCAGUUCCACUACCACCAGUUCUACUACCACCAGUUCCCCUACCACCAGUUCUACUACCACCAGUUCCCCUACCACCAGUUCUACUACCACCAGUUCCACUACCACCAGUUCUACUACCACCAGUUCCCCUACCACCAGUUGCACUACCACCAGUUCCACUACCACCAGUUCUACUACCACCAGUUCCCCUACCACCAGUUCUACUACCACCAGUUCCACUACCACCAGUUCCCCUACCACCAGUUCUACUACCACCAGUUCCACUACCACCAGUUCCCCUACUACCAGUUCUACUACCACCAGUUCCACUACCACCAGUUCCCCUACCACCAGUUCUACUACCACCAGUUCCACUACCACCAGUUCUACUACCACCAGUUCCCCUACCACCAGUUCCCCUACCACCAGUUCCCCUACCACCAGUUCUACUACCACCAGUUCCCCUACCACCAGUUCUACUACCACCAGUUCUACCACCACCAGUUCUACUACCACCAGUUCCACUACCACCAGUUCUACUACCACCAAUUCUACUACCACCAGUUCUACCACCACCAGUUCCACUACCACCAGUUCCCCUACCACCAGUUCCACUACCACCAGUUCUACUACCACCAGUUCUACUACCACCAGUUCCCCUACCACCAGUUCCACUACCACCAGUUCUACUACCACCAGUUCUACUACCACCAGUUCUACUACCACCAGUUCCCCUACCACCAGUUCCACUACCACCAGUUCUACUACCACCAGUUCCACUACCACCAGUUCUACUACCACCAGUUCUACUACCACCAGUUCUACUACCACCAGUUCCCCUACCACCAGUUCCCCUACCACCAGUUCUACUACCACCAGUUCUACUACCACCAGUUCUACUACCACCAGUUCUACUACCACCAGUUCCCCUACCACCAGUUCCCCUACCACCAGUUCUACUACCACCACCAGUUCCACUACCACCAGUUCCACUACCACCAGCACGACAACGACUCUUCACCCCCAGGAAGCUGA